UUACUCCUUCUUGAAAAACAAAUUGAAGCUUGGAUUUACGAUAUUUAUUGUUAUUCAUAUCAAAUUUGCGAUAUUUGUCGUUGUUCAUAAACUUGGAUUUACAAUUGUAACAACGUUUUUAUUGUGCUUAAAAUUUGUCAUAAUUUCAUUUAUUACUACUCCGUAUACAUACAAUGAUUAUUAAUCGAUCGGGUAAAAAUCGAGUUCGGUCGGAUUUUGACCCGUUACUUUUCGCAUUUCUCGGAUUCGGAUAAAAUUGUAUUACGGGUCACAAAAUAUUGUUCAAAACCUAAUAUUUUUGGGUCGAAUUUGGGUCGAGUUUGGGUCGAUUUUCGAGUCCGGCCGAUUUUUGACAGGUCUAGUCACUAGAGAAGAAAAACCUAUUUCCGUCGGGUGUCUUUAUUUCUAAAAAUAAAGUAAAAUAAAAUGAAGAGCGAACAAUAAUUGUUUUUAUUUUUUAAAGCCCCUUCAAUUUGAAUUGGCAGUCAUCUUCUAACUCUCGUACUUCAAUCUGAUUACUAUACCUUUCCAAUAAUCCAAAGAAGCGCACUGAUUAUGGCGGUGGCUCAACAACAUCAACCUCAAGAACCCCAUUUUAAUGGCGGAGGAGGUGCCCAACCCCCAAUUUCUUCAACUUCAAUGGCGGAAAACAUGAAUUUUACAUCCAAACGACAACGCCGACCAAGUGUUCGACUCGUGGAAAUCGGCGACCAACCAGCUGCAGCUCUAACAAAUCAAUGGAAACCUAUCAACAGAUCUUCCAAGAGUCGCCCAUUAACCAAUUUGAGUGGGUUAAAUGAAGGAAAAGGAGAAAAGGGUGAUGCUAAUUUUGAUAAUCUUGCAAUUGGAAGCUGGAGAACUAAGGGUUUAAAUGCCAAGAGACAAUCGAAACGACCUCGGACGAAUUGGGAAUUAAACGAAUUAGGUGUAGGUGGAGAUGAGUUUUCUAGGGAUUUUGAAAUGGAGGGGUCUGAAAGUCCAUUGAAUGAGCAAAACCCAGUUCAUAGUUCUAAGGAUAAUGAGAAAAAUCUUCAAUUUAGGGCAACAACUAGUGUUAGGGAAAGAAUUGGGGAAGAUGGGGUUGGUUUAGAUGGUCCUUCUGAUGACAAUGGAGGGCAUAGUGCAAGAGGAUGGGGAGGAGAAGUUGAUGGGGUUAGGGCUUGGUUGAAUGAAUUAGGGUUAAGCCGGUAUCGGCCUGUUUUCGAGUUUCACGAGGUGGAUGAAGAGGUUCUGCCAUUGUUAACAUUAGAGGAUCUUAAAGAUAUGGGGAUUCAUGCUGUAGGUUCUAGGAGGAAGAUGUUUUGUGCAAUUCAGAAGCUUAAUAAAGAGUUUUCUUGAUUGGUUUCAGGUUUUCCGAGAUUAAGGUUGUAGGGUCUCUCUACUUGGCUGCUGAAGAUGGCAUGCUUUUUGAAUUGGUUUCAACUUACAACUAUUGGUGGGUGAUGAUAAUGGUGGCAAUGUGGCUGGUCGAUGGUGAUACAAAUGAUGACGGUAGUGCUAAUGGUGGUCGGGAUGACUUACUAGUAAUAGAGACAUAGGGUUUGGGUGUGUUGUUACACAAACAAGAGAUAUAGUGUAGUCAGGAGACCAAUGAGCCCUGCUGCAGAACUUGUAUGGGUGUGGUAAUGGACUAUGACUCCAUAACUGGAAGGCAAAGUUACAUUAUUAUCAGGGAAAAGACAAAGUUAUCCACCGAAUUGGGCAAUUGUGUAUUGCCAUGUGGGUGGAACAAGUAUGGACAAAGUUAUUAAGUGGCAUUUUAGAUUCUUAGGUUAUACAAAUAUAACACUUGAAACCCAAAUGAUUUCUUUUUUGAGGGAAAGGAUCCAAACACCAUAUUCAAUAAUUAACUAGUGGAGUAUGUUGGUGUGAAUAAGGUGAUGUCGAAUAGGAUGAUUGUCUUUUUUAAUCUUUCUUUCUUAUAAAGUCGUACGUAGUACGUAGUAUCUACCAAGUAAGGCCAGGGACGAAGAUAACCCCUUGUUCGAUUGACAAGUAUAAACAUCGUUCUCAUAAAGAUAACACAAAGAAAAGGAGUUCAUGACAUGACGAUAUGUUCAUGUUCCUUACUUUGAAGUUUGAACUAUGUAUUACGGAGUAGUUAAAGAUUCGCAUCUUGCUCUAGCGUGUAAAUCGUACAGUAUGAUUCGGAGAUGGAACUAGUCAUUUUUAAUUCUUGCUUCA